UUUCACUUUAUCCUCUCUUUUUUUGUGUUUGCACCUCAAAGCUCACCACAAAGUUAGUUUGAAAAGGAAUCCUACCAACAAUACCACCAUCUAGCUACACUUUGUUGUACUUUUGAUUCUCAUAACAAAAAAAGAAGAAGAAGAAGCAAAAUCAGUGUCCUCUCUCUCUUUUUUCUUAAUUUCUCUCUAUAAAUAUUAUAUCUAUUUUGUGUGUGAGGUGAGAGUGUGAAUACUAAUUUAUUAGGUUAAUGUCUUCCAACAAGAAAGGACUUUUGAGAACCGUUUUCACAUCAAAUGGAAGCUGUGGCUGUGGCAAAACAAAGGCCUUUGAAGUACAUGAACCAAUCCCCAAACCCAAAAUCUCCAUUCACAAAAAGACAAACCUCAACACCAUGGCUUCUUCAACCACAACUUCAGGGGAACACAAUAAUAAUGGUAAUGAUGAAGACUUCACCUUCACCUCCACCACAAUCUCUGAAGCUGAUGAAACUAGUCAUGAUCAUGACCAUAACAAGAGCCCCAAGAACAGUAGUAAUGUUGAACCAAAACGAAGCCCUCUCAUGGAUAGCAUGGCCUUUGUGAAGGACUCUGCGGAUCCAUAUCAUGAUUUCAAGCACUCAAUGCUUCAAAUGAUCUUUGAGAAGGAGAUUGACUCAGAAGAUGAUCUUCAAGAUCUUCUACAAUGCUUUCUUCAUCUGAAUGCUCUUUGUCACCAUCAUGUCAUUGUUAAAGCCUUCAAUGAUAUCUGUGAAGAAGCUUUCCCUGACAAGGUUAGUACUACACCUUCUGCUACUGAAACAUCUCCAUCUCCAUCUCCAUCUCCAUCUCCAUCUCCAUCUCACAGGGAACCGCAACAUCAUCGUUCGAAAGAAUCAGUGAAUAUGCCAAUGGAUCCAUCCUAGGCUUAGUCCAUACACGUGUGUGUGUCAUGUGAAAGCAUUGAAUUCACACGUGGGAAGAAGCUGCAUGUAAACAUCAUGGUUUUAAAUUGGCUCAUAAUGAAUUCCUUUGUGAUCAGGGUAUGAUUAUGUAUGUGGGGUUGA